AUGGACGCAGAAAGAACCUCUUUGGAUUCAUCGGGCGAGGUCGCAAGUUUCGAGGGCCUUUUGGAGGAGCUUGACGAUCUGAGGGCCCGCCUACUUGACCAGUACAAGCGAGAGAUUGCCCAGCAACCGCAAUCACGUACAUUGACCGCAGCCCCAAGCGUCAGAUUGUCCAUUGCUGCCAGACCAGAUAUACCAACCUUGUUGGUCCCUGACUCAAGUUACCCCUCCCCGAGAGCCUCGCAAGCCUCUGGCGGCGAGCCCCAGGGGACCCUGAGGGUCUCACACGCAGGCGUGGCUCCGAAGUCGUCGAUCUGGUCGCGCGCGUCGCUCUCUCCAGGCUCGCCAGCACAGGACCAGGAGGUCAUCAAGUGGUGUCAGAGUGAACGUUUUCACCUUCUGGACAGCUGGAGGAACAAGGUCCCAGCCGCGAAGCUUGCGGAGUUCGAGCCAGAGCCACAAAAAGGUAGACCAGCGAUGAGCUUAUUCUCACAUAUUGUGCGACAGAGCAGCAGGCUAAGUGUAAAGCUUUCGGGUGGGCCAGCCACGACCAGGUUGUCGUCGGGACCUUUCUCAGCUGUCCUGGUGCACCCUCAGUCACCAUUGGUCACUGCCUGGAGCAUUUUCAGCCUGGUGCUCAUUGCCUACGACACCGUGACAGUCCCCCUCUUCACAUUUUACAGAUUCGAGCGUUUCCCGAAGGCAGUCGAGAUAAUGGAUUGGGUGGCCAGGGCGUUCUGGACCAUGGACAUCCCCCUGUCGUCAGCGACUGGCUUCCAUACGGAGGGAUAUGUGGAGAUGAGACCGAGGCGCGUAUUCCAGGCCUAUCUCACGUCUUGGUUUCUCUUCGACCUGUUUGUCAUAUCGGCAGACUGGCUGUGGGUCGCGCUGUAUUACCAGACGGCCCUGUCGGCGAUGUCGGUAAUGCGAGGUCUUCGGCUCGUUCGCGUGCUCCGAUUGCUGAGGCUUCGAUGGUUCACGUACUUGAUCGACGAGGUGUUGUUGUGGCUGUGCGACGGGGUCACGAUUCUCGUCAGGUUGGUGAAGUUGACCGGCGGGCUCUGUAUCACUGUCCACCUGCUCGCGAGCAUUUGGUUUGGCCUGGGCACGAUCUCCAGCGCCGGAUGGGUCUCGCAGGAGCCGUUCCUGGACUCGGCGGCGUUGCUGGCGCAGUAUACGAUGUCAUUAAGCUGGGUUGUCACCCAGUUGCAUGGCACCAGCCUCGUGCGCCCGCAGACCCUACUUGAGAUACAGUUUCAGACUCUGGUGUUGUUGAUUGCAUACGCCUUCGCCGCAGUCUUCAUGGCAAGCAUGGUGCAGCUCAUGAUGGCCAUUACGAACGCCCAGAGCCUGCAGAUGCAGUACAUCUGCAGGCGCUACCUGCGCCGGCGGCGCAUCUCCCCCGAGCUCUCUCACAAGCUGCAGUUGCACUUCGGAAGGAUGGGCAACGGCACCUCCCUGGAGGACGGACACGAGGAGGAGAACAGGCUGGUCGAGUCGCUACCGCUGGACCUACAGCGACAGCUCUACGAGGAGGUGCGCCUGCCUCUUCUCAGCAGCACGCGGCUGUUUCGGACCAGCGGCAUCUGCAACUACCGGCUGCUGAGGCGGCUGUGCUGCGAUGUUCUCUCGGGGGUGUGCCAGAAGCCAGGAGAGGUGGUGUUCACGUGCGGCGACUCCUGCUCGCGGAUGCUCGUCGUCGAGUCGGGAACUGGCGUGUACACGCCGGUCCAGGCCACGCGCGACAGCGCCAGCAUGACGUCUACCAUCCGCUCCAGCAAUUCUCUCACUGUCCUCUCCGAGGUGUCCGUGAGCGGCCAGAAGACACAGGUUCAGCGGGGCCAGUGCCUCUGCGAGGCGUCCCUGUGGACUUGGUGGACGAACCGAGGCGAGCUGUCUGCGGAGGGCGACUGCACGAUGCUAGCCGUCGACCAGGAGGGCUUUGCCUCCGUCGUGAGCAGCCACGAGUCCAGCUACAUGGCCACCCUCAGGUACGCGAGCUGCUAUGUCCUGUGGCUGAACGAGAGGAUCAGGGUGCUGAGCAGGGUGUCUCGGACCUGA